GACGGAGCUGCCGUGCGUGCGUGAAAACUCUUGGCCACGCGAUCGAUAAUUCCAGCGCACGGCGUGCGUGCGUGCGUGAAGCAAGCAGGUAUAGCCUCUCCAUCGAGAUGCGGCUGCAGCAGAGAGGUGCGUGCGUGAACAUGAGCGCGCGUGCGUGCCGUUGGCCCAGGAACUACGUUAGCAUAACGGCCGACUUGGUGGUGGCGGUUGUCGUUGUUGUGGCGUGCCGUGAUGGCUGCUAAUGGCGUAGACUGAGGGAAGAAGAAAUCGCGUCGAGAAGGUCCCUGCGCGGCGUUGCGCUUGUUUGUCGAGACAGCAAGUUGACCCAGCGUGAAGCCGUUGUUGUGAAACGUUUGCCCUCCCAGUGCUGGGAGGCGAGCCUGCGUGUCCUAACCCUCCGUGAGACAGCGAACGCUUUGCACGUUUGUUUGGAAUUCGUGGAAUCUUCCUCGCAAAGCGUGUUGCAGACACAACAGUUGCCGGUGCAUCUUCCUCAUCAUCUGCUUCCUUCGUUGCUGCUGUUGCUGUGUGAGUGAUGGGGCAGUGAGACGCUCACAGGAAGAGGGACGACAACCGGCAGUGGCUUGUGCUUUGGUCGCGAUGUGCACUCGCGGCAUCUCGCUCUUCGAGAGACGCAUAAUGAGGCUGGAAUCAGAGUCGGGACCAAAUCACAUCUGCGGGCAGCGCUGUGUUUACAACUGAUACACAAACACGAAACGGAACUUGCGCCGCAGUUUGAUUUUCACGGAGAAAACCACUAAGACCUGUCGCGGUGAUCAGGGCGCGCUAGCAUCGCACCUGCACAUGAAUGAAUCUGGACGCAUUUCCUAGAGCGCCCCAACGUGAGUGAAAGAAUGCGACGACAUUGUCGUGAGUGUUGACGUCGAGGUCGUCGUCGCUGACAUAUUGUACACAAGACGGUCGUUCAGCAUUGACCAUUGUGUUUCAAUCCGAGCGGCCCCACGAAGCUGGUCGAUCGAGGUUUUGUUUUGUUUUCUUUUUAUCGGCCACUGAACGCCUUCCUCCGACAGCAGACGAUGGCCGAGGAAACAAUCUAUCUCUGCAACUUUCGUGUGUCAGUCGAUGGCGACUGGCUGUGCCUACGAGAGCUGAGCGAUGUCCAGCUGGAGAUGGAAACGGAUCCCAUAUCCAUCGAGGAUGGGAAAGAUUCUAAGACAAUAGAACGAGCCAACUUGAUGAACGUGUCCAAGCUGCUGAUCAAGGAGUUAAUUGAUUCUUCCCUGGCCCAUGGCCGGAUGCUUGAUGAUGAUUAUGUGCCUCUGCAGCAGUUCUUCAUUGUUCUGGAACAUGUAUUGAGACAUGGCCUGAAACCCAAAAAAGGGAUGCUCUCAAGAAAGAAAGAAUUCUGGUCAGUACUAGAAAGUAUUGAGAAAAUUGCACCAGAAGCAGCAGAAAUUACGACGAGCGUCCGAGAAAUGCCAAACAUUAAAACACCACUGGGUAGAGCCCGUGCAUGGCUUCGCCUUGCCAUGAUGCAGAAAUCUCUGGCUGAUUACUUCAAAGUGAUGAUUGAAAAAAAAGAAGAUCUUUUGAAUGACUUCUAUGAGAUUGGUGCCUUCAUGCUGGAAGAGGAGGGAAUGGUUAUUGCAGGACUUCUAGUCGGCCUUAAUGUCUUGGACUGUAACAUGUGUAUCAAGGGAGAGGACCUUGAUCAGCCAAUGGGUGUGAUUGAUUUCAGUUUGUAUAUGAGAGAGCAGUAUAAUGGUUUAACAGAGGAGGAUGGAGACAGUGUGGAAGGACAGUCUAAAAUGGCAACCAUUCUUGAUCAAAAAAAUUACCUGGAGGAGCUGAAUAGGCAUUUAAAUGCCACAGUCGCCAAUCUGCAACAGAAGCUAGAACAGGUUCAGGCCACAAAUGCCCUUAUGAAGGAGGACUUGGCCAUUGCUAAGAACACUAUCCUUGCACUGCAGCAGGAAAAUGAAGAGCUUACGGCACAGAGAGAUCUUGUUACCAAAGACCUGCAAAAACAAAUAGAGGUAGCACAGCAAGACAUUAACGUGGAGCGUGAAGUGUAUCAGGUGUCCCGUGCAGGACUCGACACCAUGUUCACAGAGGCCAAAAAGCAACUAGAAGAGGAGACCCGCUUAAGACUAGACGUGGAGAAGGAGCUGGAGCUACAGAUCAGCAUGAAGGCGGAGAUGGAGAUGGCGCUGCGGCUGCUGGAGAAGGACAUUCACGAGAAGCAGGACACCAUCGUGGGGCUGCGCGGUCAGAUCGAAGAGAUCAAGGCCAUCAAUCUUGACCUCUACAACAAACUGCGGGCCUGUGAAAGCUCACUGAAGCACAAGACUGAGAUGGUUGGCAAGCUGGAGGAAAAGACAAACCAGCUAGUGUCCACUCUCCGAGAAAUGGAAAAACGAAUCAAGGACAGUCAGUCAGAGAAGUUGGCCGCCGAGGAGACGGCGCGAAAGCUCGGGCAGAUCAUUGCAGAGAGGGACUCCAAGAGGGCGGCCCUGGAGACAGACCUGCAGAUCGAGAGAGAAUGGCGGUGCACUUUACAGAAAACCCUGGAGCAAGAGAAGGAGAAGGUUGCACAGCAACACAUGGAGCUGCAGCAGAUGAGGGAACUCAAGCGGGAAUACGCAGAGUUGGACGCACAGUACCAGCAGGCCAGGAACCUGUGUGAGGAGCAGGAGAAGGCCUUGUCAGAACUGGGAUCGCAUCUCAGCGAGUCCAAGCUGAGGGUGGAGGAUCUGCGCGAGGCCCAGCUGCUAACCCGAGAGUUCCAAUGGGUCAGUGAUGAGGCAGCCACCCAUUGCAAGCAGUGUUCCAAGGAGUUCUCGAUUUCUCGGAGAAAGCAUCACUGUCGGCACUGCGGAGACAUCUACUGCAGCGAGUGUUCCGACAACAAGAUGCCCUUGCCGUCGUCCUCCAAGCCUGUGCGAGUGUGUGACGCCUGCCACACGCAGCUCCUCAGUCGCUACUCCGCCACCUGAGUCCUGCAUCACAUGACCGGGUACCCGCCUCGGCCUCCACCCGCUUACCCGGGCCUCAUCUCCCAAAGUGCAUUCCGCGAGCUAGCAAGGGACGACUGGGGGGUGAGUGGACAGGGGUCGGGGGGACCUGGGUGUCUGGCUGUACAUAACUUUGAGAUGUAAACCUUUACACAGACAUGGUGGACACAACCACAGCGCAAUAUGUGGGUGGGCUUUGUUAAAAUUUGUUUUCCUCGAAUUCUCGUUUCACGUGCAGUGGAUGCUGGUUACGUGUUAAGCUGUCAACUGCUUGAAUUGCUGAUUUUUUUUUUAAUUUUACAAUUUUUUACGAUACCGUGACCAGGUGGUACAGAAUGAUGAGUUACGACUAGCAUCUUUUUGUAGAGUUUUUCUGUCUCCGUAAAUAAAAUCUGAGCAGAGAGUUGUUCUGUAAAAAGAUGGGGAAGGUAGGUAGAUCGAGAAAAACAGAUGAGAGUCAGUUGGAGUUAAGAAGUGUUUCUUCUUGAGAGAGAGAGGGUGGCUUGAGCGUGAUAGAAGGUAGAGUUGGUUUCAAAAAGGAAGAAUCUGACUGUUCAGUUAAUGUUGAUAUGUAUAUACCACAAGACAUUUAGGCGGUGGCUGUAUAAAAGCGUAGAGAAAGAGGCUAUAGGUCCGUGUAAAUGUUAGGAUAUAUCUCUGCAUUUAUUAAUGUCAGCAAACAUCUCUCCAUUGCCUGAUGUCCCCUUACACUGUUACUGUACCCUCUUCCUUGGCCUGUCCAUGGCUUCUGUUUCCUAUCUUGUCCUUUGUUGCUUUGUCUUUAUAAAAGUGACCCUGGCUUGACCUGUUUGUGUUCUCUGCCGUGCACUGCCCGGUUCUGUUUUCCCCCGACAUACCUUACCAGAUGCCAUGGGCGGAUGGCGUAUACCCGUCGCCUCUGAAUCAAUGAAUCGAGAUUAGUUUGCUUUCUUCCUUUCAUUGAUUACUGGGUGGAAAUGGUCUUUGACAGAUUUUUUUAAUAAUGUGCAUAAUUGCAGUCAGUGAAGUGGUUUGUGUGUGUUUUUCUUUAUUUGGCUGUGGAAUAUUUGGCUAAUAUAAUUGUAUUAUGUUUCCUGUGGUCCUCUCAUUGGUUCCACUUUGUAAUGACAGAAAUUGCAUUUUGUUUUCAUUUUUCGGUUGUUCAUUGUUUGUUCGGCUUUCUUCUUUGUUUAUAGAUUCUCGUGAUGAAGCAAAUCACUAACAUAGCUAGGGAUUGUUAACAUAACUAGAUUGUGAUAUUUUGCUGCAGUUCUCUUUUCAUCUUUAUCUGUUUAUCCGUUUAUUUCCUCCCUCUGUCCUCUCUUCCUCAUUUUCUCCCCAAUAAGCCCAUCCACUUAUCUUUCCACAGAUUAAUGCCGACACAUUCACGUCUGCUUAAGUUGCACAAGAACUAGAAACAAUGCAUGGUUGUAUUACUAACUUGAGAUGUACAAAUAUUGAUGACAGUGAGGGGUUGUAGUAGUAGUGGGGUGGACAAUUUGGUCAGAAAAAAAUCCUUUCGGUAAAACCUGGAUCUGUUUCGUUGUAUGGUUUGAUGGUCACACAGAGAGAGAGAGAUGUGGAGGAAUGAGGGAGAGACACACUCACACUCUCUCACAAAUAACUCGGUCUCCUGUAGACUGUGGAUGUUAUACAUGAUUACCUCUUGUAAGAGUUCUCGCCGAGCUCUACAGGUUUCUGCCAACAUAACAGCAAGUUUAUUUUUAAACUCUUAAAACAUAUAAGCUUUCGUUGAAUGUCAAAGGCUUUAGUGAACCACUUAAUCUGCGACAUGAUUUGCCUGCGGGACAGUUUUGUAUUAUCAAAUGACAUCAUGUAAAGUUCAAAUAAAUUGCGCGUGAAAAAAAAAAACACAAAAAAAAUUGCAAUAAACCCUUGUAAAACGACAAACAUCUUUCGGAUGAAUCCAGAGGCUGUGUAGCCUUAUGACAGUGGCUAUAAUUAGAGAUAAUCGCCGUUAUUCUGCGUAAGACCAAAAGUAAAAAGUGUUUCUUGGGUUUCGGUUGUUCUUUUUAGGGCAGAAAAAGUAUUUGUAUUAUUUUUUAAUUGUUAUAGGCUUCUCCAGCUUGCUACUUAAGACUGAUGACUUGAGACUCAGCGGUCAUUAACGGAUGUUAAGCUGAAAAUUGUUCUUAGUGUAAAGUGCGACUUAGGAAAUUCUAACACAGAAGUCUGAUUCAGUUUGCGGAGUAUCUCGGAGUCAAGUUGGAGGAACACAUUCUUGGUGUAGAGUCUUUCGACAUUGUAGUGGCGGGCACCGACACCUGUGGUUGUGGGCAUCUCUUGUAGACACUGUGGUUAGUGCGAUGCAUUGUGGGUAGCUGUAGGUGUUUGUCCCGAAGUCUUUCUGUCCACAGUUUCUUUGCUCCCCACAGAAAGGUGUUUGGUCGAGUUCAUGGAACAGAGAGAGAUAAGGUGUAUGUCAGCAAACUUGCUAAAUGUCUGAGAAACUAUUAUGAAUGAAGACUGAGGGAGCGUCCUAUAAACAUUCCUGAGCGUGACUGAAAUUUUAGUUUUUUUAGGUGGUGGUCGUUUGAUGUUUUUGUAAUUAUUGAAAAGCGAUCUAAGAUUAUUGCAGGUGUAUAUACUAAAAUGCAUUCGUAUGCUGCUUCGGUUGUAUUUUGGUGUUGUGUAAGUCGUUAGUGACAGUUUUACUUCGUAAUUAGAGCUGGGAUUCAUUUCUGUACUCAGGACGAGAAUACUCGCUAUUUUUGUCUUUUUUUAUUUAAUUUUGUUGUUGUUGGUACAUUAAGGUUAUUCAUGUUGUCCUGUGAUCUGUUCAUGUUGUAAAUCUUUGAUAUGGAUUUGUUCAUUGGGGAUUUUUAAGGUACUCUCUUUAUUUUUUUUUUUUUUUAAUGGGAACUCGGCACAAAUAAAUAAACUCUGCGGUUUGUUUACUAUUUAUGAUAAAAUAUAAAAUCUAGAUGAUGAUCAUAUGUGUUGGAUUGUAGGAGAUUGUGAAAAUUCACCACACGAGUGUACAAAACAUAUUUUUACUUACUCGUCUAGUAUUUGACAUUAUUCCAGAAUGCUGUGGUUAGCAUUAGAAGCGCGGUGUUGCAAUGUAUGUUUUGUACUACUAUGCCAUAGGUAUGUAGGUAUGUACUCAGUUGUUACAUGUGUAUUGCUUGAGAGAGAAGACAGUUUCCCCGUUGUGACUGUCCGAAAUGUGCUGGUGUAGGUCCGAUCUACUUUCAAAUGUCUUUCUACCGCUCCCAGAAUGAUUUAUACUGGCAACAAGAAUUAAAAGAAUUUAUUCUUGUUUA